GGGGCUUAUUUGCAGAUGACAGAUUCAUUGAGACACAGCGACCUGCCAAGGUUGCCUGGCAAAGAGGCUAGGCCAGUCCAGUCCAGUGGUCGCGGGGCUGGUGUGGGCCACCGGAAGCUCCCCUCUCACCUUCUGGGUCCACCUGCCAGGAUCCUCAGGAGACCAUGAUUUGCACGGCGUGAUAAGCAGGGCUCAGAGGAUGGAGCUGAAUUUCAGGGGAUGCCACCUGGGGGCUGAGCCACACAGCAGCCCCAUCCCCUCCGCCCCCAGGGUCAAUAGCCUUGGAGCCCACGCCAUCUUUCCGAUGAGGCCCGCAGCACUGUCCUCUCCAGGGCACACAGCCCCGGAAGAGGAGAGGCCCAUCCUGGUGAAGCUGGAGGAUUCUGAGGAGGAGGAGGAGGCCACCCCAUGGGACCCUGGCCCAGAGGCUGCGUGCUGGUGUUUCUCGCACUUCCGCUACGAGGCAGCAGCAGGGCCCCGAGAGGCCCUGGCCCAGCUCCGGAAGCUGUGCCGCCAGUGGCUGCGGCCGGAGGCGCACUCCAAGGAGCAGAUGCUGGAGCUGCUGGUGCUGGAGCAGUUCCUGUGCGCGCUGCCCCCCAAGAUCCAGGCCCGAGUGCGAGUGCAGCGUCCAGGCAGCCCUGAGGAGGCUGUGGCCCUGGUUGAGAGGCUGCGCCAGGAGCCAGGACCCUGGAGAUGGGUCACAGUCCAGGUGCAGGGACAGGAGGUGCUAUCAGAGAAGGUGGAGCCCUUCGACUUCCAGUCCCUCCUGCACACCACACCUCAGACUACAGAACGUGGGCCUGAGACAACCCUGGGUGUCACGCAGAGGUCACUACCGAGCCUUCAGGUGGAAAAGGAGCCCGAGGUCACAGAGGACCCAGGUGAGGACAGACAAGAGUUUCUGGAUCCUGAGGCUCCCGUCAACCCCCAGGUGGCUGCUUCCACUCUCCUGCCUGAGGCCCAGGACUGUGGGAUGUCGCUGGACCAGGCCGCUGCCCCCAGCAGGACUGGGCCUGCAGGUCCCUCCCAGAGGGAGCACCCUGGGACUCUGUGGAAAGAGGAAGCUGGGGGCAUCCCCUCCCCAGGGUUUGCACACCAGAUGGACAGCGGCUCCGCUGGCCUGGGUACCGCGAGCCCCCACGGCCACAUCCCCUGUGACCGCAGAGUGGCCGGCCUCCCGGGCCAACGCCAGUCACCCUCCCAACAAGGUGGCUUCUUGCGUUUGCACAUGCUCCCGGGAGAUGAGCAGGAGCGCACAGACAAGGAUCCCCACCAGGGCACGGGCCACAUCAUGGCUACUGCCCACUGGCCAGACCCCAGGGGUCAGAGCCGGGGCCGAGGCUGUCCCAACAAGGGCGGCGGGACAGUGCGAGGUGGCCAAUGUGACGUGUGUAGGAAGGUGUUCAGCCAGCGCAGCAACCUGCUGCGGCACCAGAAGAUACACACGGGAGAGCGGCCGUUUGUGUGCGGCGAGUGUGGCCGCGGCUUCAGCCGCAGCUCGCACCUGCUGCGCCACCAGAUAACGCACGCGGAGGAGCGGCCGUUCACCUGCAGCGACUGCGGCCGGGGCUUUGUGCGAGCGCGCCUGGAGGAGCACAGGCGCAUGCACACGGGUGAGCAGCCCUUCCACUGCGGCGAGUGUGGCCAGAGCUUCCGGCAGCGCUCCAACCUGCUGCAGCACAGGCGCAUCCACGGAGACCCUCCCUGCGACCCUCCCGGCCGGGGCGCCAGGCCCCCCACGCCGCCCGGUGCGCCCGAGCCCCCAGGCCCCUUCCCGUGCAGUGAAUGCCGUGAGAGCUUCGCGCGGCGCACGGUGCUGCUGGAGCACCAGGCCGUGCACACCGGAGACAAGUCCUUCGGCUGCGCGGAGUGCGGGGAGCGCUUCGGCCGGCGCUCGGUGCUGCUGCAGCAUCGGAGAGUGCACAGCGGCGAGCGGCCCUUCGCCUGCCCCGAGUGCAGCCAGAGCUUCCGGCAGCGGUCCAACCUCACGCAGCACCAGCGCAUCCACACGGGCGAGCGGCCCUUUGCCUGCGCCGAGUGCGGCAAGGCCUUCCGCCAGCGGCCCACACUCACGCAGCACCUGCGGGUCCACACGGGGGAGAAGCCCUUCGCCUGCCCCGACUGCGGCCAACGCUUCAGCCAGCGGCUCAAGCUCACGCGCCACCAGCGGACGCACACGGGCGAGAAGCCCUACGCCUGCGACGAAUGCGGCCAGAGCUUCUCGCAGGCGUCCCGGCUCACGGAGCACCAGCGCACCCACACUGGCGAGCGGCCCUUCGCCUGCCCCGAGUGCGGCCAGAGCUUCCGGCAGCGCGCCAACCUCACGCAGCACCAGCGUAUCCACACGGGCGAGCGGCCCUUCGCCUGCCCCGAGUGCGGCAAGGCCUUCCGCCAGCGGCCCACGCUCACGCAGCACCUGCGCACCCACCGGCGCGACAAGCCCUUCUCCUGCCCCGAGUGCGGCCGGCGCUUCAGCCAGAGCACCAAGCUCAUCCAGCACCAGCGCGUCCACAGCGCAGAGUAGCCAGCACUCCCUGAGCCCGUGCCCACCUCGGCCCUCUGUGCCCACGUGGGGAGGGGACGACACACCUACCUCACAGGGUGGUGAGGCCUCCAUCGCACAGGUGCAAGCGGGCGGCCAGGACGGGCGCGUAGAUGCUCAAUAAACAGU